AUGGGUCGAGGGCUGAACAAGGCCUCCCAAGCGUGCGAAACAUGCCGCUCGCUUAAGGUCCGCUGUCUUCCAAGCUCUGAACCUGGCACCUGCCUAAAGUGUGUGAAUUCUAAAAGGACUUGUGUAUUUCUGGAGCGACAACCGCAGCCACCGCGGCAACGCAAACCAAAGCAUAGCUCAAAAGCCCGGAUUUGUGCGCUGGAGUCGAAGUUCGAUAACCUGGUUGCUUUCGCUAGCCAGUCCCAACUGAUUCACGGGCAAGGACCUUCACAGCGCGAGGCGGAGUUUCUGGAAAAUGGCUUGUCUACCGAUGAUUCGUCUUCCAGUCACGGGGUACAAGAUUCCACGCCUAGCAGCAGCCAUAACAACGGCACGAGUGUAAACCCCCCCCAUCGGCCUCUUUAUAAGUGGGCUGGCUAUCCUAAAAUCAAUGGCGUAUCCUGCCCUGAACUACUGCUUGAGUGCGGUCUGUCCAUUGACGCUGCUGAUGGAUUACUCAGUCGGUUUCGUACCAUGACCUCUUACUUUCCAUUUUUCAUGGUUCCCAGUCACGCGACUGUGUUGACAAUGUGUAAUGAACAACCUUUCGUCCUAGUGGCAGCAUUGGCGGCAGCGACCUCCUCAGACAAGAAAUUACAAAAGUCCCUCGGUGACAAAUUUAGAACUUGUGCUCUCCAUACUAUUAUGGUUCACAAUGAAAGGAGCUUAGAUCUCCUAAAUGGGAUCCUGGUGUACUUGGCAUGGUAUCACUUUUAUUAUAUUCCCAAGAAAGAGCAGUUCAACCAACUACUUCAUAUCGCAAUUGGCAUGCCGAGAAGCCCGCCGAGCAUACUUAGGCUGCUUUUAUCUUUCGAGGACGUAAGUAGUCCCCCCAAAGUCCUUCGGCUUUUCGAUCCUAUUUUCCCGAUAAAACCUAUCAUCGCCCAGAAUGGAGAGUGUAUUAAUAAAAGCUGUAUUAGCACCGGCUGGAUCACAAUGAAGCCGAAUAGUAUCCCAUUCCAAAGCUAUAUGCUUGAAUGUGCGAGAUCGUUGGGUGAAGAAUUAGAGCAUCCAACGGACGCAUUGCUUUUGCCGCUCGUCCAGCUUCAAAACAUGGCCGAGGUGAACCACCGCAGCCUUUCAAAUGUUGGCAACAUUAUACAUGACCACAUGGAUGGCCUAGACGUUGAAAUGAAGGUCCAAUCCUUUCAAGUCGAAUUCAAGCAGUGGGAGCACUCGCUUCCACUCGUAUGGCAGCAACCAAACGGGAUGAGCCUGGCUCGUGAUGUUGCUGUAAUGCAUGUCUACGAGAUGGAUCUCGUCACUAUCUCUGCAACAAAAAUGCGGCAAAAGACUUCAAAAGAUUCAAUAGACCCAUCUUUUACGUCUCAAGUUCGAUUGGAGGUCCUCUUUCUCUGUUUGAAAUCUGCAGGGCAGCUCGCUCAGAAUUUCCUCUCUAUCCCAACAUCUGAAUACGGCAGUCUCUCUUACACGCAGUGGUCUGGCAUUACAUAUGCUAUAGCCAUCAUUUAUAGACUAACAGUCGGGAUUCCCCAGCUUCGUGACUGGGAUGUUCGAGUUGCGCGAACGACCGUCGACUUUGAUUGCGUGCUAGAUGCAUUCUGCAGUCGCUUCAAUAGUGUAUCACUCGGUGAUCACGCUAUAUCAGAGAAUGGAGACUUAUUCUCGAUCAUGGGCUUAAUAUUUGAAAACAUUAAGCAGACGUACGACAGGCUUAAGCAAUUGCCGCAGAAUGACAGUGCGGACGACACCAGUCCGGUUCAUGCCACUAGCUUUCACCCCUCUGCCCUCGGACACCAGCAGCAGCAUCAGUGCCCUACACUUCAGACCUGA